GAGGGAUGUUUUCAGUUUUGUUGAAUCAGCGUUAUGUGUGCACAUCGUCCUCAGGGGUCAGGAGGAACACAUGUGCUUCUUUGGAGUUUGAGGGGAAGCACAGACAACAAGGAUUUCUACUGUUUGGUGCGAGGCUGUGAUGCGUUUCAGCCUGGUUGUUCUAAACACAGACCUGGAAGUGAAAGUAAUUUGCGUCACAAGAAGCAGAAAGCAACGGCUGAAGACAAGAGUGGACAUGAAGCACACAUCUGAGUCUCCUAGCGCUAUAUAAAGGUGUGAAUGGGCCUACAGGAGCCAUAUCAUCAGCUGGAUCAGAUUAGGCAGUGCUGCGGUAGGUCAAACUAGACUCCUAGCUCCCACUUUCUAAUGAGGCCACGGCGAUGCUGACAUCCCCUCUGAAUCCAAAGACGACAUCAUGCUGAAGACGGAGGCCUCGGGGGAGAGGACCAGCCUCCGAAGUGCCUCCCCCCACCGCAAUGCCUACCGGGCCGAGUUUCAGGCCCUCAAGAAGGCCUUUGACCAGCCUCGGAUUGACGGAGACUCCAAGCCUGAGCGGGUCAAACAACCAAGGGGCCGCCAAUAUGGGGCCCACGUCAGCCGCAUUAAAGACAUGUUCAUGCAGCUGGGCUCGGAAAAUGCGGCACCUAAGACCAAGGGUCCUGAUGAUUCCUCGCCGCAAAAACUCGUCAAGCCUACAAACUUUAUCAACAAGGCCGACGGAUCAGUAAUAAAGUUGCAGCAUUCCUCCUCAUCUGAAAGGAUCGGAGGUGCUGGAGCAAAGUUCUCUGAAACCAGGAAGCUGUUUGAGCAGCAGUCACGUGACCAAUCCCAGUCGCCGGUCUUUCCAUUAGGACGAGAUAAACGAGGUUCACACGAGCACCUUGAUGACUGGCGGGGUGCGAGGUCUAACCGAGGCAGUACGGACUCCUUGGACUCACUUUGCUCAAGAACGGAAGCCUCUUCACCAACUGUGAGUCAACUCAGCGCUGUUUUUGAAAACGCCGACCAUAACAACCAAGGUAUUCACUACAGAGGAGUCACCAGAAGGGCCCUAUACUCACCAGACGGUUUCCACAGGCAUGGAGGUGACGUCAGCGAGGAUGAUUCAAGACAGUCUCCAGUUCGAAGCUUCCGAACAAAGUUAGGGGGGAAGAUUCCGACAUCUUCCUCUGCUGAGGACCUUCUGAGCCAGAGUCCAGUUAGAGAGAGUUCAGAGCUCAAACCAGUAGUAAAAGAGGAGGAAACCCAAGACAAAACAAACAAGGCUGACAUUACAAGUGGAAGCAGACGGCGUCUCCCUGGGGUCACCACCAAUGGAAGCCAGGUCAACGGUUCUUGUGAAGAGGACGAGAAACCGACAGAAACAAGAAAACAUGCUGGAGAUCUAGGGGUGUCCAAACCUUCAAAACCCCCAGAUGAUGCUGUGAUUACCAACAAAGCUUUUGAAGAUGCAACCCCUGAGCCAUUACCAACUCCGACUACCCCAGCUGGAGAGAGCCAGGAGGACGGUUCAAGAGAAGACAAGCCAUCAGAAGAAUCCCCCAAGAACGAGGCGGAGGAGCCUGAGGAGGAAUACACUGGGAAUGAGCGGGUGAUUUUUAACGCAGACGGGGACGCCUGUUACCAGGGAUGGGGAGAAAGCUGCACAGAUCCCGAGGAUGACCUCUAUGGAGACGAUGAGGAUAUUGUCUACGACCCUGGCUCUGACGUGACGGAGAUCCCGGGUCUACCGCAAGAAAACCAAGACGACAUCCCUCCAAAGAGGAAGAUCCGCUUCAGCACUUCCCCCAUCACAGUGUUCAACACCUACUCCAACGAGGACUACGACCGGCGAAAUGAAGAGGUGGAUCCUGUCGCCUCCUCCGCAGAGUACGAGCUGGAGAAGAGGGUGGAGAAACUGGAGCUGUUCCCUGUGGAGCUGGAGAAAGAUGAGGAUGGUCUGGGGAUCAGCAUAAUCGGGAUGGGUGUUGGUGCUGAUGCAGGACUGGAGAAACUGGGCAUCUUUGUCAAGACCGUCAUUGAGGGAGGAGCUGCAGAGAGAGACAGCAGAAUCAAGGUGAACGACCAGAUUGUGGAGGUGGACGGGACGAGUUUGGUGGGUGUCACACAGAGCUUCGCUGCCUCCGUCCUCAGGAACACGUCAGGAGUGGUCAGGUUUGUGAUUGGCCGAGAGCGUCCGGGUCAGCAGAGCGAGGUGGCUACACUCAUCCAGCAGACUUUGGAGCAGGAGAGGAGACAGAGGGAGCUGCUGGAGCAACAGUACGCCCAGUAUGAUGCUGAUGAUGACGAGCAGACUGGCGAGUACGCCACAGACGAAGAGGACGGGGGGACGACAGGGGCCGGCAGGGACAAGAGCAUCGAGGUGUUUGAUUUGCCGGAGUCAGAGGACAUCUUGUCUCCCUCAGAGUUAGACGCCAACAAACUCUACCAGAAAUUCAGAGAGCUUCAGAUCAAACACACAGUGACCGAGGCCGAGAUCCAGAAGCUCAAAAACAAGUUGGCGUCCGUGGAGAGGGAGAAGCAGCGCUGGGAGAAGGAGAAGAGUCAGCUGAAGGCCAGCAUCGAGGAGAACAAGGAGAGGAUGUUGAAGCUAGAGAGCUACUGGAUCGAAGCACAGACCCUCUGCCACACAGUCAAUGAACACCUGAAGGAGGCCCAGGCUCAGUACCAGACUCUGGAGAAGAAGUACAACAAGGCCAAGAAGCUCAUCAAAGAUUUCCAGCAGAAAGAAGUGGAGUUUAUCCAGAAGGAGGAUGCAGAGAGGAGGCGGCUGGAGGAGGCCGAGAAGGCUCACCUGGCUGAAAUCCAGGGGCUGCAAAUCCGGAUUGCAACAUUAGAGUCGGAGCUAAUGCAGCUGAUGAAGCAGAACGGCAUCCAGGUCAACAACAACAACAGCAACAGUGCCGAGAGACUCAGUGCUCAGCAGAACAGCCCAAAGAGAGCCGCAGCACAAGCCAGAGACCUGAGGGAGGAUUCACCCAGCAAAAAGAAGAGCUACAGAGGAGUCGCACGAGACAGCAUCAGCUCCACCGAGGGAGAGGUGUCAGAGUGGCACAGCAGUCCAGCCCACAGUCGCUCCGGUUCCAUUCGAAGCACGGCCCCAGGCAGUGCCGAGAGCUCCCCAAGAAGAUCCCUGCACCCUCCGUCCAACGCAGGAGCCCUCCAUGAUGGUUCUCAGUCUCCAGCCAAGUCGAGCCCGUCUCGCAGUCUGGAGGAACGCAACCAAGCUCUGGACCCCGGGUCCCCUCUCAGGAAAACUACUCUGAAGGAAAAAGAUCCCAGAGCCUCACCUGGAAACAGCUCCAACGAGGACAGUCCACAGAAACUCAAGGCCAAGGGUCCCGCUCUGAACGAUGAACUGAGCGCCAGCAGCAGCAGCUCAGUGGAGAUCAGCGGACUGAGUGAGGCCAAGAUGUCGGGACACUCACACACACUGGUGCUAUCCUCAGAUGAGAGUCUGGAUAUGAUAGAUGAUGAGAUCUUAGACGAGGGACAGCUUCCAAAGCAGUAUCAGUGGCAGAACCGCAGUGUCACAGAGUGGACCACCCAGCAAGUGGCCCGCUGGCUUACAGGACUCAACUUAGACCACCAUAUCCCAGAAUUCACUGCCAAAAACAUAGAUGGAGAACAGCUGCUGCAGCUGGAGAGUGCUGAACUAAAGGCCCUUGGAGUCACUUCAUCCCAGGAGCGUGCCCUGAUCAAGAAAAAAAUCAAAGACCUCAAAGUUCUGAUGGACAAGGCCAAGAGGAACCGAGAGAAACUGGAGAAACAGCGAGAGAAGCUACGAAAGAGAGAGCAGGAGCAGAAAGAGAGUGUAACAGAGUGACAUGUAUCCAGAGAUGACCUCCUGCUUUAUCGUAGCACCAACACCACGUAGCACCUGGAGGAACAGAACGUCAGUAGGCCUCAAAAUGAACCCUGAGGGACGCCUAUGACAUAGUUCAAAAGUUCUCAGUGGUGGAGCUACAUCCAGCUGUGUCAGAUUGUAGGGUGACUUUAUCCCCAUGCAAAUAAAACCAAAACAAGCAGUUGGAUAGUGAAUGCUGCCCCAUAAGUUCACCUGGUUUUAAACCCAUCCUGAGAUUUUAGCCAUGUCAGAUUUUACUCGGUUUUAUUUCUUUAGCUGUUUAUUUAUUCAUAUCCUGAGUAAGUCUGUUAGAAUAAUCCUCAUCAUCAGAGCCUUCACCCAUCACAGAACCUUUACGAGUAACCAACAUGUACAUGUACAGUGAGAAAUACAAAAAUGUCUAUUGUGCCAUUUUGAUAGACUUUUGGGGUGGAGGCAGUACCCCUCUCCCACCACUGGGUGUCCCCAUGCUGCUGACUUUUACCACUGAAGAAGAAACACUGGAACUGAAGCAAGUUUCACUGGAAGAAAGGAAACCCUCCCAGUACUUGCAAGAACACUGGAAGUGCGAACACUGUAAAUUGAAACUCUGUACUAGCUUUUCCAAUGCUCCUUGAAGUAAACAUGUACCACUUUAGAAAAAUACUCAAAGUAUGAAUGAAAAUAAGGACUCUGUUCUCAUUGGACUGGCUCUAAUGGAGAAUUCAGGUACAAUGUUAUCAUGGGAUUUGUAAUUUACCAAACAUGUAUGACAAAAAACACAGACAAGUGUUCAAAUGAAAGUUUCUGCUUAAAUGCAUACUGUUGCUUUGACUCUGCUUGUAAUCUGCUUUGACCUCUUUUUAUAUCCUCUCUCAAUAACAAAGUAAUACCCCGCCGCUGCCUUUAGAAAUUCUAGACUUGUAGAAUUUUUCUGACUCUACCCGCUUCUGUGUGAGUGUCCAAACACAAACAGUAGACUGGUCAUUUCAAAUUAUUUCAUGAAACUUACAGGUCAAAAUCAACAUGCAGAAAUACACUGAUAAAUAUUAAGGAAUGCUGCCAUAAAGAUGGAUCUUUUCUGUGGUGCAUUACCAGAUACCACUGAGGUUAUACUGGAAAUAACACCAUGUUGUUAUUUUCUUUCUUAUAAAACCAGGUCGAUAAGUCUUAAAUAUUUUGAUUUUCUUCUUAUAUAAAAAUAUAUAAAAACCUUUGAAUUAUUUUGAGUUGUAUUUUAUGACAUUCUUGUUUUAGGACUUUAAGGAUCACUGAGAGACAUGUUCCCUGUGUCACUUCUUUAUCAUUCCCGAGAAAUCAUUGUGUAGGUUUACAUUAAAGCUCCUGUGAGGAACUGUCAGUUGUAUUGAUUCUGGCACCCUCCUAUGGACAAAGCAUUCCUUCCCUAUGUAAUCAGUAUUUAAUUAUCAGAAGGGUUUCUUUUAACAGCCAUAGAUAUCAGUCAUAAGAUCAAUUCAGCACUCUGCAGUCAGUCACUUUGGCUGUUUUUGAAACCGCUUACAACAAAAUUCUGUCGAAUGCAGUACAACCGACGGCCUGGCUGACAACAGAAGUAAAUAAAAGCCCUCUGAAGCCGCUCAGUGAGGCAAACACUGACCCUCACAAAGCCUGCCAUCAGGCUGAUCCAUCUAGGCCAGAGAAUAACUGAACCAAUCAGCAGUGUCUGCACCAGUAGCUAGGGGUGUGGCUUAGUUGCACUGCAAGCUGGUAAGCAAUGGCUGCUGGCAGAGUGAGAAAUAAUUUAGUUAAUUUUGGUAACAAAGUACAUGAGUGUAAAAUCUGUCUUUAUUACAACUGAACAUCACAAAUGCAAAGAAAUUCAGGUUUCUUUAAAAUUUUUUAACUAAUCCUCUUGUGCUGAAUAGACUAUCACUGCUUAUAUACAAUUUGUCUUGUCUAACUCAAUCUGUGCAUUUUAACAUCUCUUCAAAACUGACUACACUGUGCACUCAUUGCUACAAUUACAGCUGUAAUAAAAUUAUUUAGAUUAUUUUGAAAGUACUUUAAAAACCGACUAAAGUAUAAAAAGCUUCAUCAUUAAAAUUAAACUAUUCUUCUUUCUCUUUGAGGACAUCCAUGUUUAAAACACAUAGGAAGCCUUUCAAUCAAUUACACGUUUGCUGUAAUCUACAGAAAUAGAUUAUUUAAUCUUCGAUUGAAUCAAAGUGACAAAUAGUGACGCUAUGAUCGAGUCUGCGCAUGCACAAACUAAAUGAACACAAACUACGUUUAGGCCUCAUUACGUACUGCUGGUUCAAAACAGCCUUUGUCUGGCACCUUCCUGCAGCUUUGGGUUCAGGAAUUAAACAUAAUGCAUAGAAAUCAUCAGUCUUUAUGCUCAUGGUCGGGUAUGCUUUUGUUGGUCAUACUGAAUCAUCAGCAUUAGUCACAGUCCUUCUCACAGGAGCUUUAAAUCUAGAGACACCAGUGUCACCGUGAUAGAGACAAAGGCAGCUCUGUUCUGAUUCUGUUUUGUUUUCUGGGCCCGACCUGGUGCACCGUCUUCAACGGGAAUAAUAGUACGAGUCACAGAUACCUCCGUGAAAUGCCACAGCUCUACAGCUACUACUGAUCUGUUAAUGUUAUUAUUUAUUUAUUUCUGUAUUUAAUGAAGACUACUGUUUAUGAUAACUUAUACAAAAUAAGAGUAUUAUUAACACCUAGAUGAUUUAUCCAGAAUUGUAUGAUUACUUCCUGUUGCCAAAAUAUAAUUAAAACUGUUCAUUAAAGUGAUUUAGAUUUCCAUGGUUGUUAUCAAAUGAAGGAGUUCAUGUUUAGCUUUGAGAAGAAAACUGUAAGACUCUCCCAUCGUGCUUGUAGUUUUUACUUAAACACAACCAUAGAGCUGCUCCAUCCUCUGCUCAUGAUGUAUUCUUAUGAAAUAUUUUGUAACACUUGAACCUUUCUGUGAAUAAUCUCCUCCUCUCUUUCUCUCUCUCCCUGUUGAGUCAGUCAGCCGGCUGCGCUCUUUUGACUCUUUUGUAUGUCAAGUAAAACACUGAGAGCAAUACGCUGUUAAGAAUCCUAAAGAAGCCUUGUUUUCUAUUGUGUCAGUGUGUGUGCACAGUUUGUCCGAGGGCUGAGGAGGCUAAAAGGUAACACCUGAGGCCAAAAUCUUUUCUCUGAGCUUGUGGAUGAGACCCUGGUGCUCCAAAACCAUGUUUGAGUCCUGUCUGGAAGGGUUUGAUCAUCACAAACAGCUCACCGUGCUUUCACUCUUUUAAAAAGCUCUGCUUAUUCUCCUCCUCCUCCUCCUUUGUUGUCAUUACCUUGCUCUCUUUUUUGCAUUCUGAAAAGAUGGAAAGUGCAGCUACCUGUCACUGAAUAAA